UAUAAUACAGAAUGAAUAAAUAUUUAUUUUGCCGAAAACAUAAUAAUAAUAAAUUAUGAAGCACAAUAGACAGAUAAAUCUAUAAACUUACAUCUAUAUAUCUAGUGAUAAUACUUUAUAAUAUACUAUAUACAUAGGCGCAAUUUGGGGGGUGCUUGGGGGUGCUUAGCACCCCCAAAAUUCAUAUUAGCACCCCCAAAUUAUUUUCAACAGCAUCAUUUAAUUGUUAUUGGUUAUACACGUAUUAUGUCAUAGACAACAGGAUAAAUUAAUGUCUAAGAUUUGACUUAUAUAAUAAUAAUAAUAAUAUAAAUUAUGUUACCUACUUACCUAUAUAGGUAGUAUAUAUUAUAUAAUUAUAGUAAUAAUACCUAGGUAUAAUAUAUUGUAUAAAAUAAAAUAUCAAAUAUGAUCCUGAUACACACAUAGAUAAUAAAGAUAGAUAUCUCUAUACUAGCCCGUAUCCGUAGGUCGUAGUGUGGUCGUAGCCAGUAACAGCUUAUCAAUGUCUUUCGCUAAUCUGGUAAAUAGAAAUAACCGUCUAAAAAUAGAACGCUCAUAAUCAAUUAUUGUCGAUUCGAUGUGACCAUUCUGAUUGUAUUUUUUCUGUGAAAACACACAGGCCGCACCAUCAGACCAUAAUCAUAUACUCGUAUUUUUCGAAUCGUUAAGUCUGUGCGAGUGUGCGACGUACGUGUAACGUGUUUUAUUGUUUAUCCUCAUUAACUUCCUAUAUUUUAUUUUAUUUAAAUUAUAUUUAAUUUUAUUUUAAUUACCUACUCAAGUUGUUAUUGUUUUUAAAUUUUAUUAUGGAAAAUACUAAAAAGAUUUUUAGUAUUUUCAAUUUUGAAAAAAAGUCAAAAAAUGAUAAUGAUAAACACCAAGAAUUGAAUUCUGAGGUCGUUGAUGACCCUGAUAUUGAAAUUAUAGAAAAAAAUGUUAUAGUGAAUCAAACUGAUGCUAAUCUUGUCGAAACAUUUCCAUUUCAACACAACAAAAAUGAACUCCAACAUUCUGAUUUAGGAAAUCUUGCAACUGGACCUUACCGUCCUGUUUUAAAUGUGUAUAAACAAACUAGAUUUGGUUCGCAAAACAGAUCGUUUAGUAGCGAAUGGUAUAAACAAUAUACUUGGUUGGAGUAUAGUAUAAAAAGCAAUGCAGCAUUUUGCUAUGUAUGUAGAAUGUUUGCUGAUGAACUUAUUGACGAAGUUUGGACAAAUAAAGGAUUUUCGAACUGGCAAAAACUUAAUGAAAAACUGAAAAAACAUACCAAAACAAAGCGACAUUUAGUUUGUCUAUCUAAGAUGAAUGGCUACUUAGCUUGUAAGAAAUCUGGUUCUGUUAUGGUGAAGCAGUGUAGCGGCUAUAAGGAACAAGUGGCCAAAAACCGUGCCUACAUUGGUACGCUUAUUGACAUAAUAUUAUUUUUGGGAAAACAAGGUAUUGCUUACCGAGGCCACAGAGAAGAUGCAGAUUCUCUAAAUCAAGGCAAUUUUAAGGAAUUAUGUGGACUUUUAUCAAAUUAUCAGCCAGAUUUCAAAAACAAAUUUGAUGAAGCAACAAAUUAUACGAGCUGGUCUAUUCAAGAUCAAUUAAUUAAAUUGUGUGCAGAAGAUAUAAGAGAAACUAUUGUCAAAGAAAUUGAUAAGAUUGGUUUUUUUGCUUUAAUGUGUGACGAAGCUAGAUGUUAUAGAGAAGAGCAAUUGUCAAUUUGUGUAAGAUAUACCAUUGACUUGGAUGUAUAUGAAAGAUUCUUAUGCUUUGUUGAUGUUUCAAAAGGACAAACUUCCAACAAUAUCGUUACUGCACUGUUUGAAUGUUUUGAAAAACAAAAACUGACUAUGUCCAAAAUCAAAAUAAUUGCACAAUCAUAUGAUGGUGCUAGUGUUAUGUCCGGACACUUACGCGGUGUUCAAUCAAGAAUUAAAGAACACUAUCCAUACGCUGUAUACACUCACUGUAUGGCACACCGCCUUAAUUUAGUAGUUGUAGAUACAUGUAAGACAAUAAAGAGUGCAAAACAUGUUUUUAAUGUGCUUGAAGCAAUAUAUGUACAUUUUUCACAACCAUCAAAAAAUAAAAAGUUAUGUGAAAUGCAAAGCAAUCUAGGAUUAAAUAAAGGAAAUUUAUUAAGAAUAUGUGACACAAGAUGGGUGUGCAGAUAUAAAAAUUGUGUUGCAAUGUUGAAAAAUUAUUCCAGCAUUCUUAAUAUUCUUAACGAUGAAAUUGAGGAACAAAUUGAUAAAGAUGUAGCACGUGCAUUAGGUAUUUUAAGUUCUAUUAAUAAAUUAGAAUUUAUAAUAGUUCUUCACAUAUUGAAUGAAGUGUUAAGCAUUAUAAAUGUUUUAAGCAAUCAACUUCAAUCUAAAUCUGCCACCUUGGGCAAAUCGAGUAGUGUAAUACAAAGUGUGAUUUCUACUUUUGAAAAUCAGAGGAAUGAAGAUGGUUUUUUUAAGCUCUGGGAACAGAUUAAGGAAUUUGCACAGUUAAACCAAAUAACAUUGGAAUUAUCAAACUCUAGAGCAAAAUCUAAACGCAAACGCCAAGAGCCACGUCACUUGCAGAGUUAUAAUCUCGAGACAUUAACUGGAACACAAAGUGAGACAGAAUGUAGAACUGUUGAAGAGCAUUGGAAAAUCAUUUAUUUUCAAAUAAUUGAUGCUGUUAUUGUAAAUUUAAAAUACCGUUUUUCGGAUGAAAGUUUAGUUUUAGCUAACUCAUUAGACCAGUUUAUGAAAAUGGAUUUUGAAAAAGGUUCAUAUUUCAUCAAUCAUUACAAGGAUGUUGUGGAUAUUGAUUUAACAUCAUUGAAAGCAGAAAUGUUGCUGACAAAAAAUUGUUUACAUAAUAGAAAUUUGGAUUUUGAUAUACUUGGAAUAAAGAAAGUGGUGACUGAAGAUGUUUUUCCAAACUUGUUUAAACUUAUUCAAGUAGGAUUAGCUAUUCCUAUAAGCUCAGCUACUUGUGAAAGGUCUUUUUCAUCUAUGCGCCGAAUAAAGAAUUGGCUUAGGACAAGCAUGGAACAGUCAAAAUUUACAGAUUUGUCAGUUAUUAAUAUUGAGAGAGAUCUAAGCAAUAAAAUUGAUAAAGAUAAAAUAAUAAAUAAUUUUGCUAUGUCUCAAAGGCGUAUAUCUUUAGUAUAAUAUUUAAUGAAAAUAAAAAACGUAUUUACCUGUA